GGAAAACGCGCGAAGACAUGCAGACCAAGCCGAGCCGACGAGACGGAGACAGGGACCCAUCUACGCUGUGAUAUUAACAUUACUUCCUCCACUUGUACGUCGUCGCCGCUGCGUCCAAACCUUCGCCAAGAUGUUUGAAGCUCGCCUCGUCAAGGGAAGCCUCCUGAAGAACGUGCUGGACGCCAUAAAGGACCUCCUGAAGCAGGCGUCAUGGGACUGUGCGGACUCCGGGAUCCAGCUGCAGGCCAUGGACAACUCCCACGUGUCCCUCGUCUCCGUGAACCUGAAGGCCGAGGGCUUCGACAAGUACAGGUGUGACAGGAACCUCAUCAUGGGCAUGGACCUCAGCAGCAUGUCCAAGAUCCUGAAGUGUGCAGCCAAUGAUGACAUCAUCACCAUGAAGGCGCAGGACAAUGCCGACACAGUAACCUUCAUGUUUGAAUCACCCAAUCAGGAGAAGGUGUCAGACUAUGAAAUGAAGCUGAUGAACCUCGACCAGGAGCACUUGGGCAUUCCAGAAACAGAAUAUGCAUGUGUGGUGAAGAUGCCAUCAUCAGAGUUCGCUCGUAUCUGCAGAGAUCUGAGCAACUUUGGGGAGAGCAUAUGUAUUGCAUGCACCAAGGAGGGCAUCAAGUUCUGUGCGUCAGGUGACAUCGGAACUGCUAACAUUAAGCUGGCACAAACUUCUUCAGUUGAGAAGGGAGAGGCGGUGAUCAUCGACUUGCAGGAGCCUGUCACCCUUACUUUCAGCAGUCAUUACCUCAACAUGUUCAUCAAGGCCACACCUCUAUCCCCCCAGGUCUCCCUUUCCAUGUCUCCAGAAGUCCCGCUGGUAGUAGAAUACAACAUCCCUGACCUUGGCCAGAUCCAGUACUUCCUGGCCCCGAAGAUUGAUGAAAGCGACUCUUGAACAGUCUUGAGUCGUCAUCCUCAUCGGAUCUGUUCAUUCACACUUUACACAAACUUGUCAUUCCUACAUUUAUUAGGGGGUAUUAUAAUUUCUUAUUUUAUUUUUUCAUACAAACUGAUUUUCUUCCACAAACAAACAUUCUGCUAUCUGGGUGUUAGUCUUACUGAGUUAGGGCACUGAAUAAAACCAAUAAUUUUUA